GCGGCUGGUUUUAUUUGUCUUUGCCCUUUUGGAAUAGGGUUUAUGGUUUCCAGGCGGUCAACGAUCGAUUCGCGAUGUGAGUGAGGAUUCCACCAGCAGCAUCGCAGCGAGCCAUGGAUCUGGGAGAGGCGAAUUACGCGCCGCUUAGCCCGCUUGUGUUCCUGGAGCGCGCGGCUCAAAUCCAUCCCCAGCGUCCGGCCGUGAUCUACAAUUCUCGGCGGUUUACCUGGUCUCAGGAGCUCCAGCGCUGCAGGAGGCUGGCAUCGGCACUGCGAAGACGAGGCAUUGGCCCUGGCGAUGUUGUUGCUGUGGUGGCUCCCAAUGUUCCUGCCAUGUACGAGGUCCAGUUUGGAGUUCCCAUGGCCUCGGCCGUGCUCAAUUGCGUCAACAUCCGCCUAGACCAGCGCACCGUCGCGACGCUCUUCCAUUACUCCGGCGUGAAAGCUGUUCUUGUUGACGAGGAGUUUCUCCACCUGAUUAGCGGUGCUUUACGUGACUGGACAGCGAAAGCAGGGACCUUGUUCCAAGCUCCCUUCGUGGUGGUGAUAAGAGACGAGUUUUUCCAAGGCAUGGAGAAUUCGUGGCCUCCCGGCAGCAGCGACUACGAAGAUUUUCUCCGGGAAGGGGAUCCAAGUUUCGAGUGGACCAGGCCAGAGGAUGAGACCGAGACUAUCUCCGUGUCCUACACGUCAGGAACUACUGCUAGCCCGAAAGGCGUCAUGCUUACACACCGUGGAGCCUAUCUCUCGGCUCUAAGCGAGUGCGUGACUUGGGAGAUGAAGCACGGUUGCAUCUAUCUCUGGACUCUCCCGCUCUUCCAUUGCAACGGGUGGUGCUUUCCUUGGGCAGUGGCAGCUCUGGCCGGGACCAACAUAUGUCUUCGCCAGGUGACGGCCAAAGGAAUCUUUGCCGCCAUUGCCGAGCACAACGUGACCAACUUUUGCGCUGCUCCCACGGUGCUCAACACGAUCAUAAGUGCGGCAACGGGCUCAACGUUCUCGCGGCUCCAACACAGGCAAGUCAGGAUAAUGACCGCGGGUGCGGCUCCUCCGGCAACAGUCCUGGCUAAAAUCGAAGCUCUCGGGUUUCAUGUGACUCACGUCUACGGGCUCACGGAAACAUAUGGUCCAUGCACUGUGUGCGAGUGGAAUCCCGAAUGGGACAACCUUUCGCCCGAUGAGCAGGCCAGGCUAAAGGCUCGGCAGGGCGUGAAAUACGUCGGCCUCGACGGCUUACAGGUGCUCAACUCGGAAACUCUGGAACCGGUUGCCAAGGACGGUGUCACCAUUGGCGAAGUUUGCAUGCGCGGGAACAUGGUGUUCAAGGGCUACUUGAACAAUCCAGAGGCGACGCUGGAGAGCUUUAGAGGAGGAUGGUUCCACUCCGGGGACCUGGCAGUUUGGCAUCCCGAUGGAUACAUCGAGAUCAAGGAUCGAGCCAAGGAUAUUAUCAUUUCUGGAGGUGAGAACAUUAGCAGCCUGGAAGUGGAGAGCAUCUUGUACAGGCAUCCAGCAGUGCUAGAAGCUGCUGUGGUGGCGCGGCCAGACGAGAAGUGGGGCGAGUCUCCAUGCGCGUUUGUGUCUCUCAAGUACGGCGUGAGGAGCAACGAGGAGGAGAUACUCUCGUUCUGUCGACAGCAUUUGCCAAAGUUCAUGGUGCCAAAGAGCGUCGUCAUUCUCGCGGCCUUGGACAAAACCGCGACUGGCAAGAUCCAGAAACAGGUGCUGCGCAGCAAAGCAAGAGCUCUUGGCAGCGUCAAGCAAAUCAGCAAGCUCUAAAAGCCAACUGGAUUGAACUUGGUAAGGCUUGAAAUCGUUCACGGCCUGGAAAAUCCCCAGUUUAGCUUGGCAAUUUUAAACCGGUCAGCUACUGUUCCGUCCGUUGUAAUGUACUGGAAUGAAAAAUACAAAAGUAACAUGCAAGAACCAAGAAUGCAAUUCAUCUACCUCAAA